AUGAGAAAUGCUGUAGAACGAAACCUUCUUACCUCCCCAAACAGAAGGAUGUCAUCUUUGCCGAGUAAUCCAACAGGACCAAGUAGCACAGCUGAUGAGAAUGAGAUUGCCAUUUUGGAUUCGGAAGAGGAGGAGGUGAAGGAAGAUGAUUCGUGUAAGAAACCUAGGGAAAAGAAAUUAACAUCUAAGCUUACCUCUGUUGUUGUUAAUAAUGCAUCUUCAAAUGAUUCAAUGGUUAAAUGUUUGAAAUCAUGGCUAUUGGAUAAGUCAUUGCUCAAUUUAGGAGGUGAUCUUUUUCAUGUUCGAUGUAGUGCACAUAUUCUUAAUUUGAUUGUGCAAGAUGGGUUAGUUAUUAUUGGAAAAUUGCUUCAUAAGAUUCGAAAGACCUUAAAGUACUUGAAAAGGUCUACUUCUUCUUAUCAAAAGUUUGAGAAUGCAAUUAAUCAAUGCAAGAUGAAAAAUAAAAAAAGAGUGGGUAUGGAUGUUCAAAAUAGAUGGAAUUCUACAUUCUUGAUGCUGGAGACUGCUUUGCCUUUGAAGGAAGCUUUUUGUCAUUUAGAACAAAUGGACAGAAAUUACAAGUUCAAUCCUUCAAAAAAUGAUUGGAAAGUGGCUAGUGUUGUUCAUGGUUGUUUGAAAAAAUUUUAUGAAGCCACAUAUCAUUUUAGUGGUUCUAUUUUUCCCACAGCAAAUGUUUUCUUUCCCGAUUUAUGUAAUCUUCGUAUUAAGAUGAGGCAGUGGGAAGUUAGUGAGCAUGAUUUUAUUCGAGAAAUGGUUAUUCCAAUGAAAGCAAAAUUUGAGAAAUAUUGGGAAGAAUGUUCUUUGGUGCUAUCUAUUGCUGUGGUGCUUGAUCCUAGAUUUAAGUUGGCUUUAGUAGAGUAUUAUUACAAUGAUCUUUAUGGAGAAGGUGGUGAAAGAUAUGUGGAUAGAGUUCGUAAUGCUAUUGCUGACUUGUUUGUUGAAUAUGGAGGUGACCUUACUCCUUUUUUGAGUUAUGUUGGAGAUAAUAUAGGAGAAGGGAUUUCUAGUUGUGGUAACAAAAAUAUAGAUGUAGAAGAUGAUGAUGAUAAGUUGUCUGAUUUUGACAAAUGGUAUCAGCAAUCAUGUUCUUCUACUAUUCUUGCUAGUCAAAAAUCUGAAUUGCAAUCGUACUUGAACGAGCCUGUAUUUCCAAGAAAAGAUGAUUUUGACAUACUAGGCUGGUGGAAGGCAAACAGUCCAAAAUUUCCUAUUCUUAGCAAGAUGGCUCAUGAUAUUCUUGCAAUUCCAGCUACUACUGUGGCAUCGGAAUCAACAUUUAGCAUUGGCGGAAGGGUAAUUGAUGAGACUCGUGCUGCUUUGCUUCCUGAUGUGGUCGAAGCUUUGAUAACAACUGGAGAUUGGUUACCUUUGAAAAAGAAAAGAAAAGUAUUUGGAGAAGAUUUGAGUGAUUCUUCUAAAGUUCUCAAGUUAGGGUGUAUUUGUGUAAGGCCAAUUUGA